GCGAGUGCGCCUGCGCGGAGCCGUGGCCGCGCCCGCUCCCGCCGGGGGCUCGUCGCCGGGCGGCCGGGCCAUGGGGGAGGCCGAGGUGGGCGGCGGCGGCGCGGCGGGCGACAAGGGCCCCGGGGAGGCGGCCACCAGCCCGGCCGAGGAGACGGUGGUGUGGAGCCCCGAGGUGGAGGUGUGCCUCUUCCACGCCAUGCUGGGCCACAAGCCCGUCGGUGUGAACAGACACUUCCACAUGAUCUGUAUCAGGGACAAAUUCAGCCAGAAUAUCGGCCGGCAGGUGCCCUCCAAGGUCAUCUGGGACCACCUGAGCACCAUGUAUGACAUGCAGGCCCUGGCCCUGCGUCUGCACCCCCUCCUGCAGCUCCCGGUUCCACUCCUGAUGCACCCCUGCCAGCUUCGGGGUGCCUUUCCCUGUCUGUUAAACCCACGUGACUUCUCUGGCCGUCAGCACGAGUCUGAGAUUCUCCCGUUCCCGAACCCCGAGAGGAACUUCGUCCUCCCGGAAGAGAUCAUCCAAGAGGUCCGAGAAGGGAAAGUGGUCAUCGAAGACGAGAUGAAGGAGGAGAUGAAGGAAGACGUGGACCCGCACAGUGGGGCUGAUGACGUGUUUUCAUCUUCAGGAAGCUUGGGGAAAGUAACAGAAAAAUCCAGCAAAGACAAAGACAAGAACUCUUCAGACUUGGGGUCCAAAGAAGGGGCCGAUAAGCGGAAGCGCAGCCGCGUCACCGACAAAGUCCUGACCGCCAACAGCAACCCCUCCAGUCCCAGCGCUGCCAAGCGGCGCCGAACGUAGGAGCCAGAACCUUGACGUUGGCCGGCACGAGCCGGGGCCCAGACCGGAGCGAGUGUGCCCGAGCGGCUCCCAGGACAUGGGGCGCAGGCAGGAGCCCAGACAGCAAGCAAUAAGAGCGCCCAGCGUGCAUUCCUGGAGCCCAGGCCCCUUCUGUCCGUCUGUCUGCACACUGAAGGGACUGCAGCCUCAGGACCUCCACUCCCUCUCCGGGACUGUAACAAUGUACAUGACCCGUUGCUAUUUCACCAUUUCCUUUGUAAGAAGCCUAUUUUACUAGUUUUCUAUGAAACCAGUAUUUCUGAAGUGA